AAUUUAUACAUUGUUAGCUUUUUUUUAUAUAAAAUCUACUGAAAACAAAGAUAAUUUUUAUAUACAAUUGCGCUACAUGUUACAUCUUGUAGAACCAUAUAAGAUAUUUGUAUAAUAGACAAAAAAUGUUUUACAUUGAAAGGAAAGGCUUCUAGAAAUCCUCAUAUACAUUAAUUUGUAGAUAUUUAUAUUUUGUAAUAAUUAAUGUUUUUAUAACAUAAUGAAAAAUAAACUGAAAAUUGCUACAUUUCAACACAAGUUAUUUAACAAACUCGAGGAGCCCGCGAGUGCAGCGGGCUAUACAGAUGCAUCAACACGUAUUAUAGGGAGUAACGGUUGAAGAGAGGGGGUGGUAGCGAACGGUGGUGGUGAACGCGCGCUCUUUACUCCGGCAGGGCCCACUUGUUCGCCACUACGACGGCGUCCUGUCACUCGCGAGCGCGUUGCCAAUGCGGCAACAUCGGAGUUGGGCGUCCACCUACGUAGCUCGACUGGCCGCGCACACGACCCCCGGAUUUGUUCCACUCGAGAGAGUCGCCGGGAACCGCCACGAACCGUCACAGUCGCCAAGGCAGAACAGUCGGUUUUCUUUUUUUUAAUUUACUCCGGGAGAUUCAAGAGUGACAAAGAGUGGUGAAGAGAACGAAUCUCCGAUCAGUGAUCUCGCAGUUCUCUCGCGGUUGCAAGGGGAAAGUGCACGUGACACUCGCGUCUCGCGGAGAGCAUGUUCUGAGAAGUUAUCCCUCGUUGCGCAUUGUUCCGUUUUUUUUUUCUCUUCUUCACUUCGGUGACCGGCGAAACAAAGAGACCGAGAAUGGCGAACGAGACGUUGACGCGCGAGAUGGACGCGCACAUCGUCACUAUCUUGUCGAGGCUGUCAGCCCUCCGGGAGAACAAUGCCGAUGUGACGGACAGAAAGGCGCCCAUAGCCGUCGAGGCCCGCAGUUUGGAGCUGUGGCGAGCGGUGGCCGUCGAAUGUUUGGCUACUUUCCUCUUCAGCCUCGUAGUGGCCGGCGCGGCCGCCGCCUCCUCCGUAUCCGGAAGCGGUCUCUCUGCGUUAGCGACCGCCGUAGCUUCCGGUUUCGCCAUCGCCGCGAUCUCCCUCAUCUUUAGCCACAUAAGCGGUGGACACGUGAAUCCGGCGGUCUCGGUAUCGUUCGCUUUGUGCAGACGGAUUUCCCCACUACGCGCGGUGCUAUACGUUGCGGCACAAUGCGGUGGCGGCAUUGCUGGGGCGGCGAUGCUCUAUGGAGUAACCAUACCUUCGAGUACGCAGACCCUGACAGCCCUCGGUCGGUUAGGCGGCCCAAUCGAGAGGCUUUUGAUCGAGAUAACACUAUCGGUGUUUAUUGUGUUAGCCCAUUUUGCUGUGGACUCACCAAGAUCAUUGCCUAUGAUUUCUUCAAAAGCUUCCGCAGUUUUAGCAGCAGCCUAUACAGCGGCUACUCUUGUUUUUAGUCCUUUCUUGAAUCCAGCGCGCGCGUUGGGUCCGGCCUUCGUGAUGAACCGCUGGGACAAUCACUGGGUGUACUGGGUGGGCCCGCUGUCGGGAGGUGCCGUGGCGGCUCUGCUGCAUGAGUACGUCCUGAGUCCCAGACGCACGAAGGACUCGCGCGACAUAGACGACGGCGACAACUCGUCCAUGAGAUCCGACGAGGACACGUACGACGAUCUGGACAAGCCGAACGGGCCCAAGUUUCCCGGCGCGUACGCGACCUACCGUCCGGUCGCCGGCGCGUCCACGUCGCUCUACAGCGCACCGCCGUCCGCGUUGGAGCGCGUCGAGUCGAUCUACGGUGGCACCAAGUCGCUCUACUGCAAGUCACCGCCAUUGACGCGUGCCAAUUUGAACCGUUCGCAGAGCGUCUACGCAAAGUCGACGUCGGGGCCGCGGGACGGUCUGAUGAUACCUAAACCGGGCCCGCUGGUGCCGGCGCAGAGUCUGUAUCCCAUCAGACUGGGUCAGAACGGCUGUCAGAACGGUACACGCGAGGUCCAGCCCGGAAUCGGCGGUCCGCCGAGCCAAUCGCAGAAUCACAACAGCACUAAUCAGAACAUGCAGAACCAGCUGCAGCAGUGCACACAGAGCAUCUACGGGAUCCGCGGGAUCUCCACGGGUCUCAGUACUCGGGAAAAUGGUAUUUACGGGGUGUCCACCGGGUCUACCAUUUACGGUCGUGCACCGGCACCACCGCCGGGCAGCCAGAAUUCGCAGCAAUCCAGUCAGAGUGGUCAGUCCUCGAUACAGAAUCAUCCGCCGCCGCCGGCACCACCCUCACAGCAGCAGCAGCAGCAGCAACAGCAGCAGCAACAUCAGAACGGACCCUUAUCGAGCAGCUCGGACAACGGGGCGAAUCCCAGACGGCCCGAGAGCAUGUACGGCCACGUGUCGAGACGCAGUGACGAUUCCGCGUAUGGAAGUUACCAGAGUUCCACGCGGGGAAAUUAUGGCAAGGUGCCUGGACCCCCGGGCCCGCCCAAUGGACCCCCGCAGUACCGCGACCAGGGAAGACCGAGUCCAGCCGGACCUCUUCAACAAAGUCAAAGCGCGCAGAGUAACUUCCAAAGAAACUCGCCGAAUCCUCAAUAUUGACUUUAGACUAACGAUGGACCGAACAGACCACCGUGAUCUGUGCGAUCAGCGAAUCCUUUCGUCUCCUCGUACAUUAAUGGAGUAGUCUCUCGGUGUAUAUUUUAGGAAUCUCAUGGUCCAAUAAACAUUUUCUUUAUUCCAAAUAUAAAUUAAGUUUGUCCUGACACGUCAAGAGAUAAUAUUUACAAGAAUAUUGGAAUUCUAUGAAAAUGUUUCAAUUUUGUAUUUGCGAAUUCUAUUUUAUAGAACGUGGAAAUAAUUAUGAUUGGACCAAAAUACUAUUAUUAUUAAUGUCGUAUCAAUAAUUUUUAGAAUUUUUGUAAAUAUGUAUCACAAUAACGCAUAUAAUAUUGUGUAUUACUUCUGCACAAUGCGAGUUAAGAGGAAAAGAGCCGUGCGAUUUGAUCGAGACUUUUCUAUCGAUGUUUUAUAAUUAAAUUAAAUUAAAUUAAAUUAAAUUUAUAAUUGAAUAUAAAAUUAUUGUAUUGUACAACAAAAGUAAAUGAACAUACAAGAAAUCAAGAAAUACGAAAAAUAUACAGAAGUAUUAAUUUACUAAUAAAUUUAGUAUAACAAUUCAAGAAUUUUAGAUUACGUCAAAAGUGAAUCGAUCUUUUAGUCGGCUCAUGUACCGUUGGGCCUGUAUGUAAAUAUUAAUUUUUUAAAAUUUAAUUUACUUUUGUUAAGAAUAUUAAUUCUACGGAUUCAACUAAUACCAUUAUGCCAAAUUCCUACGAGGAAGCAAUGCACUGACUUCUUCAUGACGAAAGCUUCACUCGCAGGAUUGUUUUAAUUUUUUCUUACAAUAAUGGAACCAAAUGGAAAACCCGGCAAUUCUGCUCUAUUAUUAUUAUAAGAUACUAUUCUUUUUCAUGUAUAGAAUUAAAAAGCAUAACUUUAUCUAUAUCGUAUUCGCAUUACGUAAAUUAAUAUAUUUGUACAAAUUACUACAGUGGCACGUCGUAAUGUAUACACGUAAUUAUACUGUAUGAUUACUCCAUAACGUAACAUAGAAUUUUGACAAUUUUAGAGAUAAUCUAAAUAAUUAGAAAAAUCUGUAAAUAGAGCCUAGUUAAGUGAAGAAUAUAUUAUCUUCUAUCUCUUUUUCGUUAUUUGUAUCGGCGAUUUUUUAUUUUGUCCAAUAUCUUAUUUACGGUUUCUUAUCAUUUAGGAACGAAUUAAAGACGUCGUUCGUGAUCUAAAUUUGAAUUUGUUUAUUUUUAACGGCGAUCAAGUUUACGAUUUAUAGUUGUACAUAGAAUGUUAUAGAUUUAGAAAUACAACUUGAUAUUUGUAACAAAAUCGAGUGUCAAAUGAAUCCUUUGAGAAAAGAAAUGAAAGCGAAUUUCUAUAUUUCUUUUUACAUAAUAAGAUCGUUUUAGGAUAUUUUAUGGCAUUCAAUGUAUUACCGAAAGAUAAUAUUGAUCUCGUGCUUCGUAAUCGCAAGCUACUCUUUAUGCAAAUUAAUGUAUAAUUUAGAGUGCAUUUCACGUUUGAUUUCUCUAAUUCAUACUUCAAAUAAGAAUAAACAUUUGUGAACUACAUAACAAACACUAAUUGAUAAGUAAUUGCGAAAUUUAUGUAUAAUUAAGAAUUCGAUUAAGUUUUAAAAGAUUCAGUUGACAUUAAAUAUAUAUUUCAAUAAAUAUUCCUCGACGAGCAAACACGUUAGUAGCUGUGAAUUAUAAUACAAAUUUUAGGAAUUUUUUACGAAGACAUAAUAUAAAUCAUUUAUACUUAUAAGUAGUGCAUCAUGUUUCUCACUCUCAUUUACGCCAACCAAUCAAUGAAUAAUAGGAAUUUUAUAUAAAAAAAAGUCAACAUUAAAUACAGAAUGCUGUACCAAAGUAGAUAAGCGAGAAAGAUUAUAAAGCCACAUUCUUUGUAAACGCCAUAAAAAUCAUCUUAUAAGCAUUUGUACAUAUUAUACGUAUUUAUUGAUCUAUACCAACGUAGUAAUGUAAGUUUGAUAACUGUUAAAUUCAUGUGCGUGCGUAUAUAUUUCUAAUAUAUACAUAUUAUAUAGGUUGACAUUAGCAUGAUAUAAUGUAGUAUAUAUUAGAAAAUACUGACAAUAAAUAUAUCCAUGAAAAUACAUAAAGUCAUUCGUCAUUC